AUGUUGUUAAAUAUUGCUGUCACGUUUAUUACUCUAAUCAGCUCUAGUCUUACAAUAUUGAUUGCUUUCAUUUUAUUUCUUAUCUUGGUCAUUCAUCUACGACAAAAACACGAAGUUUCAGUUCUUCUUGUAGCAAAUACAUAUGCAGCUAUGAUUGCAUAUUCUGUCGUGAUUUUAUCAGAAACUAUUAUUGUUCUUAAAGAAGAUCUCUAUGGUACCACUGAUCUUACUGACCAACAAUUAAUUAAAUGUCGAUUUCUAGGUUUUCUUACUUAUGAAACAUUUGGUUGUUGUUAUAUGACUUUUGUUCUUCAAGCAUUUUAUCGGUUAACAAGAGUGGCAUUUUCAUUUAAUUCAAUUUGUAUUAUAUUUCAAUGGAUGGUUCAUUUUCUUCUACUUCUUCCAUCAUACUUUUGGCCGGGACCGCUCUAUACUUUAUAUGAAUCAGAUUAUUACUGUGGUAUUCGAUAUGAGAAAAUUCUUGGACUUUCUUACACGGUUCUGAAUAUUUUCGUGUCUCCUAUUAUUUUACUAACCGUAAUUUAUGCUCGGUUUCUGUAUUUUAUUCGUAAUAAUGCUCCUCAAUUGCCACAAGAACGACAACGAAGAAGGGCUCAACGUGAUCUCAUGAUUACUCGUCGUAUUUUAUUUACAGUCAUUGCUCUUACUUUACCGGGAUCGUUGAAUAUUACUUUCGUUAUCAUGACAAUUAUUGAUGUUCGUUUUUCAGGUUCGUUUUAUAUGUAUAGGAUUCAAUGGAUGGGUCCAGCAGUAACUUUAUUCAUACUCAGUAUAGGAAUCGUAUUUAUUAAUUCACAAAUCAAGCAAAUACUUAUAAAAUUAAAAUUUUGUGGAAAUCAAGUAGUACCAAUAGAAACAACAAGACAAGAACUACACCAACCUUCUGUUUUUCUACGAACACAAAUUCAAACUUAA